CAGCGAAGGGGUUUCCAUAACGAAUAAAAACUUAGGUAAACGCAUUAAUACAUUUUAUAGGAUUUCGAUGAAGGUAAAUUUACAACAAGCUUUGAAACCGGAGUUGGGAAAUUGAUUUGUAUGCCUUAUAAAACCCCAGUUUACCUCCAUGCUGCGGUGUACCUCCACCUGUGACAAUCACUCGUUAUCAUACAAACACACACUAUCACAAAUCUGUCUAGAAAAUGUUUGCAUUGUCAUUUGUCCUGCAGUUCGCGUUAAUAAACCUACAUUAAAUACAAAUUUUGUUUUUGUUAGUGUCCGAGAUUUUUAUUUUGCAAUCGCUCCUUUCUGUGAAUUAUAACUAGUUCAAUUAGAUUUAUCGCCAUAGAAACAAUUGGUUUUCAUUAUUGUUGCUACGGGUCCGAUUCGUGAGAAUUUCUAAAUAUUAAUCAUAAUAACUUAUUUUUUGAUAAAUACAACCGUAUUGCGUUGUGUUUUGUUAAUAAGUUACAAUUGUGUUUUGUCUUGCCUGUUAAUAAUUUAUUAUAAGUUUUAAGUAGCAGCCGUGAACAGCGGUUUACGGUUCUAUGUUAUAGUUUGGAAGCGGUAUAAAAUGUUGAAAAUUAAACUUGAAAAUGAUGAAACAGAACAACACUCCUUUGAAGUCAUUGCACCCAAACCGUUAAAUGUGCAGUUCAAAAACAAUGAAAUUUCUACAAAAGUAGAGUGUAUAGUAAAGAAUGAAGUCAACAAUACUUAUGACUGCAAUAACGACGAUUUGAAUGUCAAAUUUGAAAAAGAAUGCUUCAAUGACUGUGUGUUCGAAUCAGAUAUUGAAAUCGUAAGGCAUGAACUGUUUGAUGCUGAAAACGAGCUAACACCGACGUUUGACUGCAAUUACUGCCAAAAAUCGUUUAAGACAAAACGACGAAUUAAAAACCAUAUUUUAAGUAUUCAUUAUCCAUGUAACGAGAUCGACACUUCAAAUUGUACAAACUCUAAUGAUAACUAUACUCGAAACAAAGAUGUCCUAUUUAUUUGUGGUAUUUGUUUAAAAAGUUUCUCAUCAAAAUCAAACCUGAAAAGACAUUGGCGGAUUCAUACGGACGAAAAGGCUUUUAAAUGCAAUGUGUGUGAAAAAACAUUUGGACGAAAAGAACACCUCAAAACUCAUAAAAUGACACAUACUGGAGAAAAACCUUUUAAUUGUAAUUUCUGUGAAAAAUGUUUUAAUAAACAAUCUUACCUCAAAACUCAUAAAAGGACACAUACUGGCGAGAAACCUUUUAGAUGCAAUGUGUGUGAAAGAACAUUCAGCCAACAGUCUUCUCUCAAGACUCAUGAGAGAACACAUACCGGAGAAACACUUUUUAGAUGCAAUGUCUGUGAAAAAAAAUUCAGUCAAAAAUCUAAUCUCAAAAAACAUGAAAGGAUACAUACCGGUGAGAAACCAUUUAGAUGCGAUUUCUGUGCAAAGACAUUCUGUCAACAAUGUGAUCUCAAGAAACAUAAAAGGACACAUACCGGCGAGAAACCCUUUAGAUGUAAUGUCUGUGAAAAAUGUUUUAAUACACAAUCUUCCCUCAAAACUCAUGAACGCAUACAUAUUGGUGGGGUAUGUUAUGAAUGCUCCGUCUGUAAAAAAUCGUAUGGUCACCAAAAUACUCUAAAAAAACAUCAAGCAAAAGCACACGACUAAAACCUCAUAUACCUUUCGUGACUAUUUGACAGUUUUAAAAUAGUUUUGGUAACAAUUUUUCAUUAUUUUGCUCUUUAUUUAACCUACAAUUUAAUAUGAAUUAAUGAUAUACGAGUAUAUUUACCAAUUUUUUUUAUAGUUUUUUAAUGUUUACUAUCGUUUAACUGAUCAUUACUUUGACGUUUUCUAUUUGACUUAUAAUUCUUUUCACAGACUAUAUACAUUUUUAGUGUUAACAUUUUGAUAAUAUAAUUCCUUAGUUCCAUAAUUUACA